UUUGAUUUGCGUUAGUUCUUUAAAGUUAAAAUUACUGAGGUGUUCUCAUAGAAUGCCAUUUUAAGACAACUCAAUUCAGGCUCAGAUUAUUCUUUAAAGGCCAAAAAAUUUAAUCUUAGGCCUUGUCCACACGUAGGCGGGUAUUUCUACAAACGCAUAUCUGCCGACCUCCGUUUUAUAAAAAGUGUUGCGUCCACACGUGAACGUUUUAAAAAUAAUUCCAUCCACACGUCCCCGCAAACUUGCGUUCUCGGGCGAUGUUAUGAGCAUGCCAGAACAGUAGUUGGCAGUGUUUUCCAAAAAGUCAGUGACAUUUAUCCAAUCAGCGCACUCCUUUUUGUGUCGUCAUUUCCGCAAAACAUGAAACAUGGCGCUAACCAGCACGUUCGUGUGGACCGACAAAGAGGUGGAAUUGCUUUUAAGUGUAGUUAGGAAAUAUAAAGUUAACAAGACACAAGAAAACAUCGAUUGGGAGUCAUGUCGAAGCAAGUAUGUGGACAUCUUAACUCAGUAUUUGGAGCAGUAUCCUGCAGAGACGUCUACCGAGUUUCCCCAUGAAAAGCGAGAGCUAACGCGCGCUAUCCUGACCACGAAAUUAGAGGCAGUCAGCGAAAAAUACCGACAGGCUGUUGACUCUUGUCGAAGGAGUAGACACGGUAGAGUGGUUCUACACUACUUUGAAGUGUGUGAGCAAAUCUGGGGAGGAUCUCCAGCCACUACAGCUAUGACGUCGGGAAUCGAAACCACUGAACUGGAUCAGAGCCUCCCUACUCCUUCGCCUUCUACGUCUUCCUCGUCCACUCAGGAACCAACUGAAAAUGUGUCGGACACAGAGUCUGAUAACAGUGCUGCUCCCGCGGUGGAGGAGAGACGAGACCUGCUUCAGGCCAAAGUGAGAGGACGCCGUCUGAAGAGAAAGCUUCCUGCUGAAACCCUGUGGCUAAAUGCACUUGAAGAAGACCAACGUGUGAAUAAGAAACUACUUGACAUUUUAGAAACCUCAACAAGGCAAUCAAAUGAAAAUUAUGCUAAAAUUAACAAUACACUCAAUAUGUUUGCCACAUCUGUUGCUGAAGGCUUUUCUCUCCUAAGACAAGUCAUGAGCGCUCCUCCUGCACAACACUACAUGCCAUAUGAUCCCAGGGGGCACAUUUAUUCACACACACAAGCACAUUCAAUUUACCCCGAUCAGGCAUCUCAUUCAUUCAACUCACCAUCUGCCAGAAGAGCACAGCAUAAUGCAAACAGCAGCAGCGCACAAGAUGUACCUCACACAUCACUUGAGAGCUCGGGGCAGUUUUCAUACACUCAAGCCCACUUCAAUGAUGAGUAAAGCAUGUUUUAUUUUUUACCUUAAUGUGAUUUUGUUCAUCUUAUUUGUAAGCAUUCAGGUUACUUUUUCCAAGUUUAUUAGUUUAACAGACACAAGAUUGUGUUUUUAUUUGCACAAAAUUGCAUUGGCAAUAAAUGUGAAGGCUUUAAGAAGUAUGGAAGCUAUUGUUGUGUUAAUUAUACUUUAAAUUAGAACUUGACUUUUUAUGUUCAAUGACACAGUGCAAUGUUCAUGACAUUUCAGAGUCCAAACUGUUCAAAAAUAAAAAUGUCUUUCAAACUGA